CGCUCUGCUCCUCUGAAGGCGUCUCUUUAUAAUCCGCUGUUUGAACCGGGAUGCUGGCGGAUCCGUGACGCCGUGGGCUCCCGGGUGUGGGAGAUGAAUGUUGUACUUCCUUGUUCCUCUGUGUAGCAGGAACCACGCAGCGGUAGCCGCAUGACAGAGACUCCUAUGUUGAUUUUUUUAGCCGUUAUCUGAGAUUCUUUGACGGUUGGGAGCUCCAGCGGCGGCGGAGCGAACGAGCCGCGGCCGCUUGACAGGUGCUGUUUCCGGCUCUGCGUGCAGAGAUGCCGCCCGUCCAGAGAACCAUGUCCGAUCUCCGUUCCCGGCAGGAGGGAUACGAGAAGACGGAGGACACGACGGAGAAGACUUCCUUUGCCGACCAAGAAGACGCCCGACUGAUCCACCUGAAUCAGCCGCAGUUCACCAAGUUCUGCAACAACCGGGUCAGCACAGCCAAAUAUAAUGUCCUGACGUUCCUCCCCCGGUUCCUGUACUCACAGUUCAGGAGGGCGGCCAACGCCUUCUUCCUGUUCAUCGCUCUCCUGCAGCAAAUCCCCGAUGUGUCUCCCACCGGCCGCUGGACCACGCUGGUGCCGCUGCUCUUCAUCCUGGUGGUCGCUGCUGUCAAAGAGAUUAUUGAGGAUCUGAAACGUCACAAUGCCGACAGCGUGGUCAACAGGAAGGAAUGUCAAGUGCUGAGAAAUGGAGCCUGGGAGAUUGUGCACUGGGAGAAGGUGGCUGUUGGAGAAGUAGUCAGAGCCUCAAACGGGGAUCACCUCCCGGCUGACCUCGUCAUUCUGUCGUCCAGUGAACCUCAGGGGAUGUGCUACAUCGAGACGUCGAACUUGGACGGAGAAACCAACCUUAAGAUCCGACAGGGUCUCCAGCUGAGCGCAGACUUAAAGGACGCCGACAGCCUGAUGCGUCUCUCGGGGCGAAUGGAGUGUGAGAGCCCAAACAGACACCUCUAUGAGUUUGUUGGGAACAUCCGCCUGGACGGACACAGUACUGUACCUCUGGGUCCAGACCAGAUCCUCCUGAGAGGAGCUCAGCUCAGGAACACUCAGUGGGUUCACGGCGUGGUGGUCUACACGGGACAUGACACAAAACUCAUGCAGAAUUCCACUCGGCCUCCUCUGAAGCUGUCCAACGUGGAGCGCAUCACCAACUUCCAGAUCCUGGUUCUGUUCGGCUGCCUGCUCGCCAUCUCUCUGGUCUGCUCCAUCGGUCAGACCAUCUGGAAGUACCAGUACGGCAACGACGCCUGGUACAUGGACCUGAACUAUGGCGGGGCAGCAAACUUUGGCCUCAACUUCCUCACCUUCAUCAUCCUGUUCAACAACCUGAUCCCCAUCAGCCUGCUGGUCACUCUGGAGGUCAUCAAGUUCAUCCAGGCCUUUUUCAUCAACUGGGACACUGACAUGCUGUAUGAGCCCACCAACACUCCUGCCAUGGCUCGCACCUCCAACCUGAACGAAGAAUUAGGCCAGGUCAAAUACAUUUUCUCCGACAAGACGGGGACCCUGACCUGCAACGUGAUGCAGUUCAAGAAGUGCACCAUCGCUGGUGUGGCGUAUGGUCACGUCCCCGAGGCUGAAGACGCUAGUUUCGCAGAGGACGAGCGGCACAGCACGCAGUCCUCAGAGGAGGCGGGCUUUACUGACCCGGGUUUACUGGAAAACCUCCAAAAUCAUCAUCCGACAGCUGCUGUCAUCCAGGAGUUCAUGACCAUGAUGGCCACCUGUCACACGGCGGUCCCCGAGCACACCGAUGGAAGCAUCACCUACCAGGCGGCGUCUCCAGAUGAAGGAGCUCUGGUGAGAGCAGCCAGAAACCUGGGCUUUGUGUUCUCUGGCCGGACCCCGGACAGCGUCAUCAUGGAGAUGCUCGGCACAGAGGAGAAGUAUGAACUGCUGCACGUGCUGGAGUUUACAAGCACCAGGAAGAGGAUGUCAGUCAUCAUGCGCGCACCAUCUGGAAAGAUCCGCCUCUACUGCAAAGGAGCUGACACGGUGAUCUACGACCGCCUGGCGGACAGCUCGAGGUACAAAGAGAUCACACUGAAGCACCUGGAACAGUUUGCAACCGAGGGUCUGAGGACUCUUUGCUUUGCGGUGGCUGACGUCAGUGAGUCGUCCUAUCAGAACUGGCUGGAGAUCCACCACCGAGCGUCCACCUCGCUGCAGAACCGGGCGCUGAAACUGGAGGAGAGCUACGAGCUGAUCGAGAAGAACCUGCAGCUCCUGGGAGCCACCGCCAUCGAGGACAAGCUCCAGGAUAAAGUCCCCGAAACCAUCGAGACCCUGAUCAAGGCGGACAUCAAGAUCUGGAUCCUGACGGGGGACAAACAGGAAACAGCUAUCAACAUUGGUCACUCCUGCAAACUGCUGACCAAGAACAUGGGCAUGCUGGUGAUCAAUGAAGACACUCUGGAUAGAACGAGGGAAACGCUCAGCCACCACUGUGGACUGCUGGGCGACGCCCUCCACAAGGAGAACGACUUUGCGCUCAUCAUUGACGGAAAGACGCUGAAAUACGCCCUCUCGUUCGGGGUGCGACAGUACUUCCUGGACCUCGCCCUGUCCUGUCGAGCCGUCAUAUGCUGCAGAGUGUCUCCUCUUCAGAAGUCCGAGGUCGUGGAGAUGGUCAAGAAGCAGGUGAAGGUGAUCACGCUCGCCAUCGGUGACGGUGCUAACGACGUGGGGAUGAUCCAGACGGCUCAUGUCGGGGUGGGAAUCUCAGGCAACGAGGGCCUGCAGGCUGCAAACUCCUCGGACUACUCCAUCGCCCAGUUCAAAUACUUGAAGAAUCUGCUGCUGGUCCAUGGAGCGUGGAAUUAUAACCGUGUGGCCAAGUGUAUCCUGUACUGCUUCUACAAGAACAUCGUCCUCUACAUCAUCGAGGUGAGUCUCUCUCAGUCCUGCAGCGAGGCCAGGAGUCCUGUAGUGAGACCAGGAGUCCUGCGACCCGCUGAAAAUGUCUCUGCGACCCGCUUUUGGGUCCUGAGCCACCAGUUGAGAAACCCUGCUUUAAUAAAAGCAUCUCUUGUCUCCUGUGGUUGUUUGGUGCAGAUCUUCACGGCUCUGCCUCCGCUCACUCUGGGAAUAUUCGAGCGCUCCUGCAGGAAGGAGAACAUGCUGAAGUACCCGGAACUCUACAAGACCUCCCAGAAUGCAAUGGGCUUCAAUACCAAGGUCUUCUGGGCCCAUUGUCUGAACGGUCUCUUCCACUCCGUCAUCCUCUUCUGGUUCCCCCUGAAAGCCUUCCAGCAUGAUACGGUUUUUGGAAAUGGAAGAACUCCAGACUAUCUCCUCUUAGGCAACAUGGUUUACACAUUUGUGGUCAUCACAGUCUGUCUCAAAGCCGGUCUGGAGACCUCGUCCUGGACCAUGUUCAGUCACAUCGCCAUCUGGGGGAGCAUCGGCCUGUGGGUGGUGUUCUUCAUCAUCUACUCGUCCCUGUGGCCCCUCAUCCCGCUGGCGCCCGACAUGUCCGGAGAGGCGGACAUGAUGUUCAGGUCGGGGGUCUUCUGGACUGGUCUGAUCUUCAUCCCCAUCACCUCGCUGGUCUUUGACGUCGCCUACAAAGUGGUGAAGAGGGUUUGUUUCAAGACUCUGGUGGAUGAGGUGCAGGAGCUGGAGGCUUUAUCCAAAGACCCCGGAGCGGUGGUGCAUGGAAAGAGUUUGACUGAGAGGGCCCAGCUCCUGAAGAACGUCUUCAAGAAGAGCACAGUCAGCUUGUACCGCUCUGACUCCAUGCAGCAGAACCUGCUCCAUGGCUACGCCUUCUCUCAAGACGAGAACGGAGUGGUGUCGCAGUCAGAGGUCAUCAGAGCGUACGACACCACCAAACAGCGGACCAAUGAGUGGUGAGCCGCACGCCAAUCUGGUGCCACAACCGCCGUUUCUGACGGCGGCGUUUGAAGCUUAACGGGGCACAAGAGGAGGAGCGUGGUGCGGUGAAGGAGACUUUUGGACAAUAUGUAACGGACAGAGGGUUGAGCUGAGGGCGUGACGAGCACAUUCUUCACUCCAUCACUUUACAGGAGGGACAGCUUCCUGCUCAUUCAUUGGAUCUCUAUCAACAGGUAGUUCAAACACUGGACCGUGAUUGGUUUAGGCAAAGAUUGCCAAAGAGCAGUCGGUAUACAAUCUUCCAAAACGAGUGAAUCAGGAACCAAAUGUAAAUCCACACACACACACAUUACACACACACACACACACACGCACACACACACACGUCACUUUGAGUUAGUGUUCUUCAGGAGCACGAGUGUGUAACGCCUUACGUUAGCUCAUGCCUUCAUCCUUCUCUCUCUGUCUCUGUC